AAGUCAUUCAAAUAGCACUCAGUACACAACCGAGCACAACCGCCCCGCACUGACAAAAUUCCAAAACAUUUCCUUUUCCAGCAUGGCUCAUCGCAUUAAGCUCCGCUGUGACGACUUUGAUGUCAUUGGCGCCGUGCCACGCGACUUGUCGGUGAUUAAGAAUUUCCUGAAACGGGAUUGUGCCGUGAAGCGACUGAUCGACAUCGAGGAAGACUUUCUGCGACAAUGCCAAGAGCGAAGCGAAGCUUACAAAAAUACCGCCCAGGAUAAAAAGAAGAAUAGCAACGGUGGCAAUCAGGCAACGCCACCGCCACCAGAUCCCUGUGCCAGCUCAACGCCAGGGGCAGAUCAAAAUAUCGAUUUUUGUGAUCCUUGUCGACGCUUGAAGACUUCUGUGGUGCUAGAAGAGCUGACAAAACCUGCUACCACCAACCCAGUCUACAACCGUGGCCCACCGCCCUACUUCGAUGAGGAGACUGUCAUGGAUAGCUCGCAGCCCAUCAAGUUUCGCUUCCGGAGGAAGGCGAAUAGCUGCGACUUUGAGCGUACCUCGAAAUUGCCCUGCACUCCGACUCAGAACACCAACGUUAUGGUUCUGACCAACUGUGCGGAUGUGAUGGUCUGGCCCAGUCAGCAGGUGGCCCAAAUGAAUCGUGUACCAGUUACUCUAUUAUCAGGAUCUGGCGAUCUCACCGAGUACAUGCUGGAGGAGGAGACAAUCAUGUAGAUAAAUUGAAAAGCUUUCGCAGUUUUGGAAUUUUCUAUGAUGCAAAGGGUUGGAUGCCUAAAACCCUUAACUAAGUCUGCAUAAAUAUUGCUAGAGUUGAAUAAAAAUAAUAGUUUAUUAGA